AGACAUGCCUGUUGUCGCAUUUUGCCUCUUUCUCUGUCUUUCAUGUUCGUGAAAAGAUGCGUUUCCUCCGAAAUUAACAACAUAACAAACCCUGGAAUAUAACUGGGCUCUUUUUGAGCACCUGGACUCAGUUAACGAAUAGAUGUCGUCCAUGUGGCAGCAGGAGCCAGCUUGUUAUUCUCCAUGUGUGGAGAUCGACUCCAGCUCCGUCAGGUCCAAGGACCGGCUCGGCUCUUCUAGCUGGCUGAAACAAGAGCAGGAUGAGCUCCGGAUUAUCAAAUGGGAGAACUUCCAAGGUGGAACCUCCUCCGAUGCCGUUCAGGACAACACUCCUAGCAGCGCCAUGUCUGCUUCAUCAUUUGAGGGCUUACCGCCAAGGGUGCUGCUAACCAUCACAAAGCUUCAGUGCAUGCUGGAGAGCAAACAGGAGCGCAUUGCUACACUGGAGCGGCAGGUGGAGGACCUGAUGCAGGACCGAAAGUUUCUGCGCAGUCAGAUCGAAAAUCUCACAAUCAAUCGUUCCGUUGCACCAUUUGCUGUACCCAGCUCAGCUGCUGAAGCUCCUAAGCCAAGCAAAGUACAGCAUUCAGAAAGCAAAUCUCGAAAGAGGGAAAGAGCUUCUUCUUCCUCCUCGGCCAGCAGCGAGAGCGGAUCAGAGGGAUCAGACUGCUCUGAAAUGUCUGCAGCUUCAAGUGAGCACCGACGGAGAAAACACCACAAGGACAAGAAGAGAUCGAAGAAAGGGAAGGACUACAGCAGGAAGAGAGCCACUGGUGUCCUGUACGUGAUUAACCGCUACAAACAGGUCCUGUCGGCCUUCAUCAAGAAGAAAAGCAUGAGCGAGGCCUUCCGCCACCACGGCAUUGACAGGAACACCAUCGCCAACACUGCGUCUAUCGCUGAGCUUCACCUCGCUGGGAAAGAAAUGGUACCACUGGUGGGCCAGUUCCGCCAAGGAGAAGAGACUCUGGUUAACUACGCCCAGCGGUGCACCUUGGUCAUCGAUAGCGACCCUGAACUGUCCAGAAAAAUCGAGCAGAUGAAGGCCAAUGGUCAGCUGUUACCUAUUUCAGGGAAGAGGUCCAGGGUGAUGCACUCUCACAUGCAGCCACUGCGGGAUGCUACAGAGAGCAUCUUAAUAGGUUGAUGAUUUAAAUGUUUUAAGUAGAGGUGGAUAAAAGAUUUCUUAGAGUUGAUGCAGCUGUUU